AUGGCUAUGCCCGUCCGGCCGCUCGUCCACGUCGCCAGCCUUCCUGCCACCACAGCGGAACGCGACCUUCGCGACAUGUUCGGCUCGCUCGGGCAGAUCCAAUCCGCCAGAGUGGUCACAAGCCGCUCUGCCGGCGGACUUGCGUACGGCUUCGUCGAGUACGUCGACGUCGCAUCAGCGGAGCGUGCGAUUCGCACCAUGGAUGGCUGGCUCUGGUUUGGGACACCGAUCAAAGUGCGUUGGGCCAAACACAGCCUGCAUCCAGACGCUGCAGCCGAACCGAUGGAGGCAGAGCGUCCUGUUACCAUGCGUAGCGGCAAUGCCGGCUUCUGCCAUCUCUUCGUGGGUGAUCUGGCGCCCGAGGUGGACGAUAGUUCGUUCCGCGCCUUUUUCGAAAAGUAUGCCUCCUUAACCGACGUGCGGGUCAUGUAUGAUCCAGAGACGGGCAAGUCUCGUGGAUUCGGCUUCAUCACUUUGCGCAGCAAGCAAGAGGCGGACGACUGCAUUGCUACGAUGCAGGGGCAAUUGCUUUCCGGUCGACAGAUUCGUGUCAACUGGGCCAACCAGAAGAACCAGCAGGGUCAAGCACCGACGACACAAUCAUCGAGCCCUUCAUCGCCGUAUUUCGCAGAUCCGACGCUGUCUCGACAACAAUUGGGCAGCUUGUCGACCCGGUCAGCGACGACGCCGUCCGUACGAGCGGCAGACGCCUCGACCCGAAUCACCCUCCUCCCACGCCGUCACACCACCCUCGCCUCGCAACCACAAGUAUCCGUCAUCACCACCAAUCCAGCCAACGUUCUGAAAUACGACUACAACGCAGUGCUCUCCGAAGCCCCCUCCUCGCAAACCAGCGUCUACGUCGGCAACAUCUCCCCGCUCACCUCGCAGCCAGACCUCAUCCGUAUCUUCGCCCCCUUCAACCACGGUCAACCGCUCGAAGCGCGCAUCCCCCCCGGUCGCGGCUACGGCUUCGUCACGCUCGCCAGCCACGAACAGGCCGCCAGCGCCAUCUGCACCCUCAGCAUCCAAGGCGUCUUCAUGCACAGCAGAUGGCUCCGCUUCGGCUGGCAAAAGGAUCGUCACCAUGCGAUCCCCAAACUUCAACAUCGCUCCGAAAGCGCCCCCGAACACAUGCUCUACACCUUGCAAAAACAGAAACAUCCACCGCAGCCUAGACCCGCCCCCCAACCUCAACAGCAAAGACCUCCCCCACCUUCCUCUUCUUCCUCAUCAAACGAAUUUCAACCGUUCUAG